UCUGGUAUGCACUUAAAGCCAUAUCUCAAGUUACAGAAGAAAGAGCGAUCUUCAGAAAUAAGCCAGGAUUCCCUGAGAGGCCCACUUAUGAGCCAUCAGAGAUCAGCACAAGAAGAAAAAUACACCAACAACUGCACCAAACUGAGCGUUUUCCCAAAACCCUCCCUCGGGACUCCAUCUCGAAAGCUUCUGGGGAUUAUUUAUCCAAAUACUAUGUGCAAUAUGAACGGGAAAGGUCCAGCAGAUGGUCCAAGUGCAAGGGAAAAGAAGAACGCCCUAUCUGCAACCAUCCACCAGGGAGAAGAAGGGGAAGGGCCUCUGGAUGUCUGGGCUGUAGUGAAACCUGGCAAUACAAAGGAGAAGAUUGCGUUCUUUGCAGCCCAGCAAUGCAGCAGCAACAACCGGCUAGGCUCCAUGAAAAUUAAAAGCACGUGGGAUAUCGACGGAAGAACAGCUAAACGCAGGAAAAAAUCAGUAGAUCUUAAAAAAGCCAAAAUUCAACUGGAAAGAAUGAGGGAGGCGAACGCGAGGUGCUCCCAGCCAGAGCCUUUUGCCUGUGGCAUCGAGCACUGUUCGGUGCAUUACGUGAAUGACAACGGUGAGAGUGUGUUCCCGGGCCGGUCCCUCUCUGUGAUAGAGAUGGUAGCCUUUCUGGAGCAACGAGCAAGUGCUUUACUGGUCGACUGUGCUAAAACCUGCCCGCCUGCUUCUACUACGAGGCUGAGCGCUCAGCCUAAAGGUGCGCUUCCCAGCUCGGACCCUUUCUCAUCUGCCGGGGCAUGCGAGGUACACACGGAGAGGGGAUCUUGCGGCAGUAGCGAGCAGCAGCAGAGUGAGCCCGUGCGCGUGCUGGACAUGGUGGCCAAGCUGGAGUCGGAGUGUCUGAAGCGCCAGAGCGAGCGGGAGGCCGGGAGCCUCUCGCGGAACAACAGCUUCCGCAGAAACGUCGGGAGGGUGCUCCUGGCGAACGGCACCCAGCCCGAGGGAGAGGUGGGGAAGGUCUCCUUGGGGGUCCUGGCCCCAGGGGAUGGCUUGGAGGAGGCAGGGGUAGCAGAGGCUGGAUGUGGAGGGCGGUGUGGUCCUCUGGGUGACACUGAGUUGUGGGAUGGUGCUGCCUCUGCUGAGCAGCCUUUUCCUUCUGGGCUGGAUACUCGGAUGGGGAAUGUGAAUUCGGGACUUGCUCAUGCAGUGUUGGCAAUAACUGUUGGCAGGAGCGAUUCUGAAACACGAAUUGAGCCUCCCAGACCGCUGCCGUCUGUGUGUCCAGCUGCUGCCGGGUUGCCACCAGAUUCCUUGCAGAGCAAGAACAUGACUGUUGAUUGUAUGUCAAAAGAGCCUGUAAUUUUCCCAAAGCAGAGUCUGCAUCCUGCUAGGAAGGAGCCCUUAUGUAUCAGUAUAUCUGUCACCAAGACUGAGAAAGGGUGCAGGAAAGAGAAGCUCUUGAACUCCAGUUCUAGCGAGGAUCCACUCCCAGGGAGGCUGUUUUUUCUCCAGGCUGACCAGCCUGCUGCUCGUGAGCAACAGCCACUACGGCAAAGUACCCAAGAAAAGCCAGGAGAAGUAGCCCAAGAUGAGGAUGCUUUGGCAUCUGACAGAUCACAUGUUGGAAACAGUGUCCCUACAGAGCCAUCUGCCCUUUCUGUUCCUCUGACAGAAGGGACUUUGCAAGUACUCGAUGCUUCCUGCUUAAAAAGGCAGGUUUCACAUGACUUUCUGGAGACCAGGUUUAAAAUUCAGCAGCUUUUGGAGCCUCAGCAGUAUAUGGCCUUCCUGCCUCACCACAUCAUAGUGAAGAUCUUUGGAUUGCUUCCUACUAGGAGUCUGGUUGCCCUAAAAUGCACUUGCUACUACUUCAAAUUCAUCAUUGAAUACUACAACAUCAGGCCAGCAGACUCCCGCUGGGUCCGUGAUCCCCGCUACAGAGAAGACCCUUGCAAGCAGUGCAAGAAGAAGUACGUGAAAGGGGACGUAUCGCUGUGCCGGUGGCAUCCCAAACCAUACUGUCAAGCUUUACCCUACGGGCCUGGGUACUGGAUGUGCUGUCACCGGUCUCAGAAGGGCAUCCCAGGCUGUAAGUUAGGUCUUCAUGACAAUCACUGGGUUCCUGCCUGCCACAGCUUUAACCGUGCUAUACAUAAGAAAACCAGAGGAGCGGGAGCCGACAUGGAAGAGGAAUAUUAGUGCACAUACACUUUCCUGCGAGAUUGUUUGGGGUAGGAGGAGUUUCUCAUGCCUUGUGCUGUUUACAGUGUAUAUAAUUGUCGUGUUUGUUUUUUUUUCACAGGGCUAUGAAACUGCACAUACUUAAACACAAGAGCCUUUACCUUUUAGAUUAAAGAUAGCUUUUAGUCCAUCUAUGUAAAUAACACUAUAAAAACUAAUUGUACAUACAGAGUCUACAGCUGGCUGAACAACGUAAUCACUACAAUGCAGCUAUGAUAGUGUUGCGGCUAUAGUUGUGUGUGUUUUUAAGUGUCUUGUUUCAAAAUCUGUAUAUCCUGUAUAAUAUAUGAAUGUUUCUGAGAAGAAACUCUAAAUAGGUAAAGGUCAACUUGUUUAAAGAAUUUUCAGACAACUUAACUGGACAACCUUAAAAUUAAACUAGAACAGAUCCAUUAUAGUAGUGUGGCAGUGGAUAAAAAGAGAGGAAUAUUAUUGUAUAGUCAGAAUAUAAAAAGUUCUUGUCUACCUUA